AGACUUGCUUCCUCCAUAUUGAAAUUUUCCACCUCGUGGUUUGAUUUGUUGAUUCCAUGGGAAUUGUUGCCCUCGGCAAUAAUUGAUACCCAAAAUUGUUACCAAAAUGCCAACAAGCAACCCUCUACCACCCAAAGAAAAUGCUCUGUUCAAAAGAAUCUUGAAAUGCUAUGAACAGAAACAGUACAAGAAUGGGUUAAAAUUUGCAAAGCAGAUUUUAGGAAAUUCAAAAUUUGCAGAACAUGGAGAAACUCUGGCAAUGAAGGGUCUUACCCUAAAUUGUCUGGGGAAAAAGGAAGAAGCUUAUGAACAUGUGCGUAGAGGAUUGCGAAAUGAUCUGAAAAGUCAUGUCUGUUGGCAUGUGUAUGGACUACUCCAGCGAUCGGAUAGAAAGUAUGACGAAGCAAUCAAGGCAUAUCGGAAUGCUCUCAGAUGGGACAAAGAUAAUCUUCAGAUUUUGAGAGAUCUCUCUUUGCUUCAAAUACAAAUGAGAGAUCUGGAGGGAUAUAGGGAGACUCGUUAUCAGCUGUUGGUGCUUCGACCUGGACAGAGAGCCUCGUGGAUUGGGUAUGCCAUGGCUUACCAUUUGUUAGAAGACUACGACAUGGCACUCAAUGUUCUGGAGGAGUUUCGAAAAACACAAAUGCCCAAGAGCCUGGACUAUGAACACAGUGAACUGCUGAUGUACCAGAACUUAAUUAUGAGGGAGGCUGGAAUGAUCGAUGAAGCCAUUAACCAUCUGCAAAGAUAUGACAAACAAAUUGUUGAUAGACUGGCUGUAGAAGAAACGAAAGCUGAGUUGCUGCUACAGAAAGAAAAGAAUGGCUUAGCAGGAGAUGUUUACCGAGGUCUGAUGAAUCGAAAUCCUGAAAACUGGGCCUAUUAUACUGGUCUGGAGGAAGCCACUAAACCAAGUUCAGAGGAAGAUCGUUUGAAACUCUACAAAGAUAUAGAACAAUUGUUUCCUAGGGCUUCUGCUCCUCGUCGACUUCCACUCAACUUUGCGGAAGGUAGUGCAUUCAGAAGCUUGGCAGACACUUUUCUGAGAAGAGCUUUACAGAAAGGCGUACCUCCACUUUUUAUAACACUGAAAAGGUUAUACAAAGAUCCAAAAAAGAUUGAGAUUAUUGAAGAUUUAGUGUUAGGAUAUGUCAACUGUUUAAAACAGUGCGGAAAGUUUGAUAGCUCAGACACUGCAGAAGUAGAACCCCCCACAACCAUUCUGUGGGUCUACUAUUUCCUAGCAUCCCACUACGACUACAAACAAGAAACGCUAAAAGCGCUAGAGUACGUCAACCUGGCUCUAGACCAUACACCACUCUUAAUAGAGCUCUAUGUACUCAAAGCCAAGAUCUACAAGCAUGCGGGUGAUGUUGAGGAGGCUGUUCGGCUGAUGGACGAGGCUCAGUCCCUCGACACAGCUGAUCGCUACAUUAAUUCCAAGUGUGCCAAGUACAUGCUGAAGGGCAACCUAGUUCAAGAAGCUGCUGAUAUGUGUUCCAAAUUUACAAGGGAAGGUGUGCCUGCUGUCGACAAUUUAAAUGAAAUGCAGUGCAUGUGGUUUCAAACAGAAGCUGCAGAGGCAUAUAAAAGAAUGGGCAAGUGGGGAGAAGCUCUCAAAAAGUGCCAUGAAAUAGACAGACAUUUCACAGAAAUUAUAGAAGACCAGUUCGAUUUCCACACAUACUGCAUGAGGAAGAUGACAUUAAGAGCAUACAUUGGUCUUCUGCGAUUGGAGGACAAACUCAGAAACCAUCAGUUCUACUUUAAGGCAGCUAUGACAGCAAUUGAAAUUUAUUUACAUCUACAUGAUCAUCCAUUAUCAGAUAGUGAUCAAGAUAAAAACCAAGAUACGGAGAAUUUAUCACCAAGCGAGCUUAAAAAACUUCGAAACAAACAAAGAAAAGCUGCCAAAAAAGCCCAACAGGCUCAGGAGAAACAGAAAGCUGAACAUGACAAGAAAGAGGCGGCAGUGAAGAAACAGGGGGACGGGGAGCUGGAUGGUCCAAAGGAGGAGGAGCUGCUCCCCGAAAAACUAGCCAGGCCUGAAGAACCCCUGGAACAGUGCAUCCGAUUCUUAAAACCAUUGCAGACGUUUACCAGUGAUAGAAUAGAAACACAUGUGUCUGCUUAUGAAAUCUACAGUAGAAAAGGUAAACCUUUACUGAUGUUGCAAGCUUUGAAGAGGGGCUGUCAAAUCAACAAAGAUCACCCACAGAUACAUGUGUGCAAGAUACGUUUCCUUUUAACAAUGAACAAAAAAGGAGAAGUUUCAGAAAGCGUUCAAAAAGUAUUAAAACAAGAAAUGGAUAAGCUUUAUUUUGGUAAAGAUGCCAAGACUCUCAACAGCGAGUUCAUGGACCGCAAUAACAACUCAAUUCUACAUAGAUUAGCAGGUGCUAGGAUUAUGUACGAGUUGGAUCCCACACCAGAAGUUCAGAAGAAAAGUUUAGAAAUUGCCACAAGUCUUUCAGAGUCUUACACAGGAAUCACCAGAUUGAACUGUAUUGAGGUGCUAGAGGCGAUUUGUCGAGGAGAUUUUGGAUCUUGUGUGUCAGUGGCUCAGGACUACCAGACAAAGUGUCACAGACUGUUCCCUUUGUGUCCCUCCUUCAUCAUCCCGGCAAAUAGUCAUCCGGACCAGAUCCUUGCCAACGGCUCAUAGCAGACUGAUGUUUCUCCGUCUGUCUCAUUGUGAACAAGCUCGCUGUCAUGUGAUAGGAACAGUGUCAAUCUGUCUGUGACUGCACUAUUUAUGGAACAGUGGUUCUCCUUAAAACCCUGAGAUAGACAGGAACGGGAGUGAUAUUUUCUCAUCUAUACAGCUGUGUGCUUUGUCACUGCAACAUGAAAAAAAUCUCCUCAUUUGUUCCUGAUCAAUUUUCAGCAAAAGUGUACACAAAUAUUUUUCUCACUAUUAAAAAAGUCCUGGAAACAUUGUUCUAUUCAAGUUAGAAGAGAGAGAGAGAGAGAGAGAGAGAGAGAGAUAGAGAGUCUGAGUCUUGCAGUGAUUUUAUUUGUCAGAGAAUAUCACAAUAUAAUCAAAAUACUUGAGGCAUGUUAACCUCUUUGAUAUGCCUUGAAAACAAUCCUAAGUUUCUUGGGCCAGAAAUUUUGAACACUUGGUUUUCCUCAAAGAUUUCAAAUAGAAGACCAAAUUAUUCCUUUAUUAAAUGUCAAUAAAAUUGAUAAUUAAAGGAGUAUCAGCAGUGCCCAUGAAACUUGAUUUUCUUUUUUUUUGGCCAUAAUUAGCUUGUCUGUAUGCAAAAUAGUUAAAGUGAAUGCUUGAUAUCCAUUGAAAGAGAUAACUUUUUGUCAUGAUAAGUUUAUGUAAAGUGUUUGAAAUUUUUGCACUUUAUUCUUGAAUGAUUUUCAGUAUCAUAAAUUUUUUUUUCUUUUUUUAAAAACCAUGUUCAACAAAGAUAUCAAUUGAUACAGACACAUUAUAGUAACAGCUUUUGAUAAAUAAUUAUUUUAAAUUCUUCCAUAGUUUUUUUUUAGUUCAAAAGAUUCUCUCAAAAGUAUCAAAGACUGCAAAUAGGCAAUCCUUAUUCCAUCAUAUCUUAUGAUAAACAUGAAAGUGUAUAAUUAAUUAUGCAGAAUUGCAGAUAUAAUGAUGCAAAUAUGUGAAGCAUUUUUAGCUUGUUUAGUAAAUUGGAGAAAACCAUUUUUACAGCUGUUUUUAAGUGUUUUCUUCUAUUAUCAAAGUCAACAAAAUUGUUUUGUGUAUUUAUAUACAUGUACAUGUAGCUUGUGGAUUACAAAGUCCAUAUGAUGUCCAUUUUCUAUAGGCAAUGUAUCUGUUCUUGUUUGUUUUUUGUUUUUUUUUUACAUGUACCAUGUCUAUAGUAUUGUUUGUCCUAAUUUCUAAAAGUUUCCUCAGUAUUUCUUGUGUGAGUGCUUCAGAAUUUUUAUCCAUUUCUUGAUGCUUCUGAAUUAAACCAUUUGCUUGUUGUUUAAAAAUUUUACAUAUAUUUAACAAUGCUGGCAAUAUAUGCAUUAAUGAUUAUCAAACAAAUGUGCAAAAAACAGUGCCACAUGUUCUCCUAGUGCAUUUACUCUGAAUAUUUUGUGAUUCAAAAAUAAAUGUCAAGUAUCUUGCCUGAUGAGCAAUCAGCAAGAUCAUCAGUCUAUAACUUGGAAUAAUUAAAAUAAUUCCCCACCGUUUACUGUGAUAAUUAUUACAUUAAAUGUAUGUUUAAAAUCUGUUAUAAGUUUUUCUUAUUCCUUAAGUGUAAUGACAUUAACAAAAGAAUAUUUUUCAUCCCACUUCCAAUUUUUUUUUUUUUAUACAGUUUUGGCUUCUCUGCAAAUGAUCAGUUUUGUAGCAUGUGUACGGGUGCAUUGAUUUUUCAUUUUAUUUUUUCUUAAGAAAUACUGUAUGUAUACCAGUGUCAUGGGAAAUUCAACAAUAAACAUGGUUUUGUUUCCAUGAAUACAUUCGAAAAUGGUAGUGAACAAAAAUUGAAACUAGGGGAAAAAAACAGUGAGCUGCAAGUGUACAAGUAGCAUGAUUAGCUCCUGUGUGUUGGUGAGUGUUAACUACACAUAUGUAGUGUGACAUAGUCUGUUGAUUGAAUAUUUUACAUGUAUGUGGGAAUGAAGCAUGGUUUGGACGAGUGGAUGCAUUGAUAAGAAUUUUCCACAUGAAAUAAAUUUAUUUCUUAAUUUA